AUGGAGGGAGAACUCUGUGGUGAUGUGUCGGAGAAGGAGCACGCACAAACCCUCGCCGCCGCCGCCUCCGCCCACGAGCGAUCCGCGCUGGCUCUGUCGGAGACGCGGGGCGCUCUCUCUGAGGCCGAGAGCGCGGCACAAGUGGCGGCCUGGGAGAGCAAGUCCCUCCGCGAGGAGCUGGAGGGUCUCCGGGAACGUUCCGAGGAAUUGUCCUCGGAGCUCGAGGCGACGCGGUCGAGGGAGGCGGCGGCGACGCGGACUGCGAGGGAGGGGGUGGGGGCGGAGCUGGAGGGUCUCCGUGGGGCGGUCGGCGCGGCGGAGGCCGGGAGGGAGCAGGCGGAGGAGGGCCUGGCCCGCCUCAAGGAGAAGAAGAAGAGGGACCUGCAGGAAGUACGGCGGCUGAACGAACGCAUGAUGGAGCUGCAGCAGGCUCGCCGCGAAGAGGUCUCGGAUCUCGAGGGCUCGCUGCAGGAGCUGAGGGCCAAGACGGACGAGUUAGAGCACGCCCUUGCGCAGGAGGAACAACACCAAGGCGGUCGUGCGCGUGAGGAAAUGGUGAGGGGAGGGGAGGGCUUAAGAUCGGAGGAGCGCGGCGGUGGCCCGCGCCGUGAGGAGCGAGAGAAGGAGUUGUCGCUGCUGCGGAAGCUUGUCGAGAAGCUGCAGCGGGAGGUGGAGGGGCUCAAGUCUGACCUUGAGGAGGAGUCUACCGGUCGAAGUCAAGCCCAAAACGCGAAAAAUGUCUCGGCGGCCGCUCUCGGCAGGGCUAACGCAAGGAUCGCCGAGCUCACGUCCAAGUCUGCUCAGCUGACCAGAGCACGCUCGGCGAUGGUGGCUCAGAUCAAUGCUCUUGAAGAGCAGUUGAAAUCCGCCGCACUCAAACAGGCCGCCGCUGCCACCGCGGGGGGAGCCGCCGAGACUAACACGACGGAUAGCGGCUCCGUUGCCGACUUCUCAACGCCCUUGCGAGAUUUGUCCGAGGUGCCGCCUCCAAGCCAACCGCCGAUGAGCGCCGACCCUCCCAUGCGGCAACGCCAGCGGCAUCGCCUGAGCGGGGCAGGCCCUAGCAGCGGCAACUUGGACUUAGAAGACGGUGGUGGGUACUUUGAUGAGGAUGAACACAAGGCACAGGCCAAGCCUGGUGACCACGUCAAGUCCCUGCUCAUCUCCUGCGCUUCGAGCCCGGUCGGAGCGGCCAUCUCCGAACGGCUGCCCGGGCUAGUUACCUGGUUGCACCAACAGCCCCCACAGACGUUGUGGACCGCAGCGAUUGCCUACCUGGCACUGGUUCACCUGCUGGCGGGGUACAAGGCAAUAACCUGCUGAACUGAACCAAACUCGGCCUGACCGCAGCGGUAUCCUCUCGGGGUUCGGUUGUUAUUUGCCGGUACCAUUGGU